ACUUGGCCAGUUAAGGACAACGCGUCAUUAAUUGUGAUUGGUAAGCCUUCGUGCUUGGAUCGUACGUGCAAACCUACCACGAUGAUGUAUAGGAUAUUGAUCGAUUGUCACGCGUACGUGUACUUAUUUGAAAAUGAAUUCAAGCAAACAUCAUUUGCUGAAAGGUAUAGCUACUUAUACCUUCCUGAACAGAAUAAGAGGGGAAGAAGUUGGCAAAGUUUCAACCCACGCAGUUUGUCCAUGGUUCCGUUAGUAAAAUCCGAUCUAUCGGGCAGAACGGAACUGAUCUAAAGAACGCAACGAUAUAUUAGGGCUCAGUCUGCUCAGUAACUCCGUGGAAGUUUGUUAGUCGGUAGUGAUAAUGGCGAGCGUCCUAGUUUACUCAUUGAUACUGUUAAGUGUUAUGCAUUUUGUCAGUGUACAAAGUGGUCCAGUAAGGUUCACCGAUCUCGACGACGAUGAUGAUUUGGAUGAAACUAUUAUUCGAGGAGCUGUCAACAUUGGACGUGAGAUAGGCGGAAUAUUUUUUGGUAGUCGUCCAUCACGACGGAAACCUAUGAAAACGACAACCACAACCAGACAUCCAGAAAAUGCAAGCCCAAUAUAUUUCCCUACUGGUGACGGAGGCUCGUCGGUGACGGCAGCCGGCGCUGGAGCGCAGACAGUGCAGCAGCAUGGUGGUCAGUCGGGUACUAGUGGCGCGGCGGCCAAUGCCCAAACCGUCUCGGUGGUAGCUGGUGGCCAGUCUGGAUUCGUCGGAGGAUCCGCAGCGGGCGCAAAUGCAAAUUCAUUGACGACGACACACGGCACCGGCACCGGCGGCGGCAGUCAUAAUGGAUUUUAUGGAGGCGCGUCUGGAGCUGCUGCCAACUCGCAAAGUUUCAAUGGAGGAUUCCCAGGGGCCAGUAUAUCGGCUUCCGGUGCUAACUCCAAUUCAGCAACUUCUGGAAACGGCAACGGCUUAUCAGCUUCCGCAGCAAAUUCGCAAUCUGCUAGUUUUAAUUCUAAAUAUCCAGGAUUCGGUUUCUCCGGGUCAAGUUCCAGUGCCAAUUCUGCCAGCCACGGUUUCGGAUCAUCCAUUGGUUCUGGUGCCGGUGUAGGAGCAGGAAGCAGCAACGGAAAUUCAGCUGGAACUGCAGCUGCGGCUAAUGCUCAAACGGCCGUCGUAAAUUCUGGUGGUGGUGGUUUUGGAGCAUCGGCAUCUAAUGCUAAUGCAAAUUCUAUUAGUCAACAGAUUGGAGGAUUCGGUUCAUCUAGCUCCAACGCUAAUGCAAACAGCUUCACCCAUGGCUUCGGGUCGAAUGGGUUCAGCGCUAGUGCAGCUAAUGCUCAAUCUAAUGCAUUUCAGAGCAGUGGACCGUUGGGUUCUUUUGGGGCUUCGAAUUUCGCUUCUCAAACGCAAGGAUUUACGGUUGGAGCAGGAGGGGUGUCCGGAUCAGCAGCUCUUUCCGGGAGCCAGACCUACAGAGUUCCCUACUAUAAAGACAUAACGCUAGCCUAUUCGACAGGAUUCUCUACCGCAGCGAGGGAAGACGGGAACCAUUCGUUUACGAAUGGAAAUUCCUUCACGAUUAACUGAGUGAUGAUUAGAGAUCAUGGAUUGUAGCUGAUUGCAGGCUGUGGAUUUUGCGAAUAAUUAGGCUAUGUAUAUAUUUGAAUUUGCGAGAAAGAUCAUUUUGCAUUAACUAUUUAA